CGUUUCAAGUUGAUCUAUUCAUUUCAUAAUUGAUCUAUUCAUUUCAUAUCUGAUCUAUUCAUUUCAUAGUUGAUCUAUUCACUUUAUAGUUGAUCAUCUGUUAAUGAUAUGAGAGACUGUGCGUUGUGUUGACUUUUUUUUUAAAAGCCAACAUUUUGAAAAGUAAUGACGAUAUGGAUUUUUGUGAUAAACAUUUCCCUUUAAAAACAAUACCCCGCCCCUAUGUCUUCAAUCUCCUUUUUCCCCUCCCUUUCUGAAAAACAACCCUGAUGUAUUAAGGGGUUCAAUUGUCGACUUAAAAUCACUCAGGCCAGCAUCUUAUGUGAGUUGUUGAUUUGGUGAGAUGAGUGGCCACAUGUCUGGUAAUACAAACAGCUUCUGUGCAUUGCAGUUUCUUGUAAAAUUGCUCAAUUUGACAUUUUGAACGUGUACGCAUCACGGCGCUUAAUGUAGCCUGUAUUUGGCCGCAGGUUAUUUCCCAAUAGCGAACAAUCAGCAGGAGAGUGUUAUUGCUUAUAACAAACGCACAUUAUUUCAUUAUACCUUGAAGCACAAAUAAAACAUGAAAUUCCACAAAGAGUCAAUCAGAGCCACGUAGCGAUCACCAAAUUGUUACAAGUUCUAAGAUUUAAUUAUCUACUUGCGCUACUAUGGGGUAAGCAAUUAUAGUUUGACAUCUCAUUUGGACUUUGUUUGAUUUCUUACCGCUCUUCUGACAUAAAAGGGAAAUGCAGUUGCCAUUCGUUGUGAAUUAUUCUAAUUCACUUGAAACAACUAUUCCCAAUAACUGGUUAAACGUUACAUUUGACGCUAAAUGUUCAGACACACAAAAAGCGCCUAUCCUGGCUCCUGCCUUCGAAUCCAAUUUUAGCCCAAGGCACGGGAACUCAGCCAGACAUAAUUUUCACCAAAUGAGGCAAUAAAAUCUUAUUUACCCCCCACUUCUGUAGUCAAUCUCUUAUAUCUUUCAAGCAGGCUUGCUACAAGACAGCAGCAGUUCAAUUUACGAGUGUAAAAUCUUCUAUCCCUUUCCGCGAAUCGUGAAAGAGGAAGCUGCUCCUUCAACAGAGUACGGCCUUGGUUGUUAAUUACUGCAACGUCUGUCUUAACAAUCAAAGGAUAGUGCUCCUUGUAUUAUUCAAGCUAACAUAUCUUUGACUGACAUCUCUACUGUCAAACACUGAUACGGCCCAUCCGUCGUUAGUGUCAAAGAAACAAAAAGAAAAAGUUCAGUUUUAUCUCUGUCGAGACUUAGAACUCAAACCUCUGCCCAUAAUCAAGUUUGGGCUGUGUCUUGGGGAAGCAAAAGACGACUGAGCCGGAUAGCGAGGACAUCAUUGACAAUAUUACUUGAUAUUCCCUAACGUUUUCAUAAGCAAAUCGUUUAAGAAGGCAGUCUAAUCAUAAUAAGCGUGGUUUGGUAUAAAAGCAACAGAAAGCGCGAAUUCUGUCAUUAACGGAAAAAGACUGUCAUUAUCUGCAAGAUCUUUUCGGGGAAUUCUAAAGUUGCUUAACGAACACUGAAAACUAGGAUCGAGAAUCUUUCGUUGCGAUGGAUGGGAGUCUAGAAGCUGGAAAUUUAACGAAUUCAACGGAACAUGGUAACCCGACUGUAAUGGGUGGUUUCCUGUUGGUUUACGACAGUUGUCUGAUUCUGCUUAGCGUCCUUAUCAUGGCCACCAACGGAAUAGUGCUCCUUCUCUUCACUCUCAAGCCAAGGUUAAGGACCAAGACAAACUGUCUUCUCGCUUCUUUAGCAGUAAGCGACAUAGGGAUGGGUCUCUGCGGAAUCCCAACCUUUAUAGGCUGCAAUGUGACGUUCAUUAGAGGUCUGUGUGUCAGCUCUGCUGUGUCUUACCGCUUCGUAGCCGUCUCCACAAUGUUUCACAUAUUCGCAGUGACAGUAGAACGAUACAUAUCGAUCAUUUACCCUCUGAAGUACAUGGCUAUUGUGAACCGUGCUCGUAUUUAUCGCACCAUCACUGUCAUCUGGCUUACCUCUCUGUUUUUCGCGAUUGUCCAACUCUCCUGGGUCAACACCUCCGCCUGGUCCCCACAAACUGCAACACAACUUCACAUCAGUUUGAUCUACCACAGUAUCGGUGCAGUAACGUGCUUUGUAGUACCUUUUGUAAUCAUGGUGUUUAUCUACGGGCAGAUGUUUACGGUUAUACACAAACAAGUUACAGACAUCAGGAAGCAACACGUGGCGACGGAGUCGAAUAGUUUCCGACCGAUUUAUACCGAGCUCCGAGCCAUCUCGGUAUUCGCUACAAUGCUUAGCAUCUUCGCGUUUUGCUGGAUCACGUGGUACAUUUCCAUAUUUGGACUUUAUGUGGAGAAAAUCGGAGUAGCGUUUGUCGACGUUGCCGAGGUCGUGUGGAUGAUUUGCGAUUUUUUGAGGUUCUCGACGUCAUUUCUGAACCCUUUGCUGUACACGUACCUGAAAUAUGACUUUCGCACGGCGACAAAUUCGGUUUUAUGUGGGUGGAGAGAGCGGAGGUCUGGCAAGAUCAUCAAAACUUCACAAAUAAACGAGACACAGUGCAGCCUCUACGAUAACUAUGAAGUCACUCACUGUUAGAGACUCAAAACCUUCAAACACAGCCUAGUUUAAACGCUGUUCUUUUCAGGUGCCGUUCCAAAUGCACGAUUGGCACGGUCUAAAUAAACAAGAGCACGCCUGGUAAUUUAAACGCCGUUCUUUAGGCGCGUAUUUAGUUAAAACUGCCUUUAGACAAAUGAAAAUAUUUUAUAUUAAACCGCACUGAUAUCUAAA